AUGGAUGUUAUUUGGAUUGGCUUAAUUGUCGUCAUCACUAAGUCCAUGGGAUAUCAAGCUAAAGGGGACAAAGAGAGCGGUGGUAAUAUAAUCAUCAUCGGAGCGGGGGGUAUGAAUGGCGGAGGUGGAGGAUCUGGUUGGGGAGGUGGUUGGUCUAUGGGUGGAGGAGGGAUGCCGAUGAUGGUCAUUGGGGGAGGAGGAGGUGAUGAUGAUGGUGAUAAAAAGGACAAGAAAAAGAGCAAAGGUAAAGGUGGAAGUCCAAUGAUAAUUAUCAUCGGUGGCGGUGGAAAUGAUAAAGGAGGUGGAUGGGGAAUGCAAGGCGGUGGUGGUGGUGGAGGUGGAGGUUGUGGAGGCUGUUCAUCUGGGUGUUCAUACUCAUCUAAUGUAUGUGGUGGGCCAUCAAUGGGUCAAGUACAAUAUGUGCCAAUUGCUGUUCCAAUGAGAAAUCCAAUGUUAAAUCGGAUGGACUCUUCUCGUUGGGAUGCUACUGAUGUUCAAGGGUCAAGUUCAACUGGCUGGGGGUCAGCGGCCAGUGUUUUACAUCCAUCAGUCUGGGGAUAA